GAAAAUACAUUGAAUUCAGAGGAACAAUAAAAAUAAUGACAGCUGACUUCCCAUUGGAAACAUAGAAGUCCAAAAAAAAUGGAAUGACAUCUUUUAAGUAUUUAAAUUUUUCAGCCGGGUGCGGUGGCUAACGCCUGUAAUCCCAGCACUUUGGGAGACCGAGGCAGGUGGAUCACCUGAGGUCAGGAGUUCGAGACCAGCCUGGCCAACAUGGCGAAACCCUGUGUCUACUAAAAAUACGAAAAUUAUCUGGGUGUGGUGGCGCAUACCUGUAAUCCCAGCUACUCAGGAGGGUGAGGCUGGAGAAUUGCUUGAACCCAGGAGGCGGAGGUUGCAGUUAGCCGAGAUCACGCCACUGUACUCCAGCCUGGGUGACAGAAUUAGACUCUCAAACGAAACAAAACAAAAAAACAAACAAAAUUUGAUUUAGACUUCUAUAACCAGUAAAAAUGCCCUUUAAAGAAUGAGUACAAAGUGAAGGCAAUUUCAUACAAAUAAAACAGAGAAUCUCCCACCAUGCACUACAAGAAAUACUAACAGGGUUUUUAAGCUGAAGGAAAAUGAUUCUACAUGGCAACCUGAAUCUGCAAGAAGGAAAGAAAAGCACUAGAAAAUGUGUGGAAAAAAUGGAAAGACAAGUAUUUUAAAAACUUAUUUUACAAAAACAAAAUCAGUAUAUUGUGGAGUUUAUCACACAGAAAAGUAAAACGCAUGACAAAAACUUUACAAAAGGUACAACUGUAACUGCUUUAAGAUUAUUUAAGAAUCUACCUGUAAGAAAGCAGUUUUACUCAACUGCAAAAAAAUGUAAAGAUGAAAUAAAAAAGAUCCAAGAUCUCCUCAUGAGCUACGGUAUCCUUAAACCUGACUUAAGGAUUGUCUUUGUACAUAACAAGGCAGUUAUUUGGCAGAAAAGCAGAGUAUCAGAUCACAAGAUGGCUCUCAUGUCAGUUCUGGGGACUGCUGUUAUGAACAAUAUGGAAUCCUUUCAGUACCACUCUGAAGAAUCUCAGAUUUAUCUCAGUGGAUUUCUUCCAAAGUGUGAUGCAGACCACUCUUUCACUAGUCUUUCAACACCAGAAAGAAGUUUCAUCUUCAUAAACAGUCGACCAGUACAUCAAAAAGAUAUCUUAAAGUUAAUCCGACAUCAUUACAAUCUGAAAUGCCUAAAGGAAUCUACUCGUUUGUAUCCUGUUUUCUUUCUGAAAAUCGAUGUUCCUACAGCUGAUGUUGAUGUAAAUUUAACACCAGAUAAAAGUCAAGUAUUAUUACAAAAUAAGGAAUCUGUUUUAAUUGCUCUUGAAAAUCUGAUGACGACUUGUUAUGGACCAUUACCUAGUACAAAUUCUUAUGAAAAUAAUAAAACAGAUGUUUCCGCAGCUGACAUCGUUCUUAGUAAAACAGCAGAAACAGAUGUGCUUUUUAAUAAAGUGGAAUCAUCUGGAAAGAAUUAUUCAAAUGUUGAUACUUCAGUCAUUCCAUUCCAAAAUGAUAUGCAUAAUGAUGAAUCUGGAAAAAACACUGAUGAUUGUUUAAAUCACCAGAUAAGUAUUGGUGACUUUGGUUAUGGUCAUUGUAGUAGUGAAGUUUCUAACAUUGAUAAAAACACUAAGAAUGCAUUUCAGGACAUUUCAAUGAGUAAUAUAUCAUGGGAGAACACUCAGACGGAAUAUAGUAAAACUUGUUUUAUAAGUUCUGUUAAGCACACCCAGUCAGAAAAUGGCAAUAAAGACCAUAUAGAUGAGAGUGGGGAAAAUGAGGAAGAAGCAGGUCUUGAAAACUCUUCGGAAAUUUCUGCAGAUGAGUGGAGCAGGGGAAAUACACUUAAAAAUUCAGUGGGAGAGAACAUUGAACCUGUGAAAAUUUUAGUGCCUGAAAAAAGUUUACCAUGUAAAGUAAGUAAUAAUAAUUAUCCAAUCCCUGAACAAAUGAAUCUUAAUGAAGAUUCAUGUAACAAAAAAUCAAAUGUAAUAGAUAAUAAAUCUGGAAAAGUUACAGCUUAUGAUUUACUUAGCAAUCGAGUAAUCAAGAAACCCAUGUCAGCAAGUGCUCUUUUUGUUCAAGAUCAUCGUCCUCAGUUUCUCAUAGAAAAUCCUAAGACUAGUUUAGAGGAUGCAACACUACAAAUUGAAGAACUGUGGAAGACAUUGAGUGAAGAGGAAAAACUGAAAUAUGAAGAGAAGGCUACUAAAGACUUGGAACGAUACAAUAGUCGAAUGAAGAGAGCCAUUGAACAGGAGUCACAAAUGUCAUUAAAAGAUGGCAGAAAAAAGAUAAAACCCACCAACGCAUGGAAUUUGGCCCAGAAGCACAAGUUAAAAACCUCAUUAUCUAAUCAACCAAAACUUGAUGAACUCCUUCAGUCCCAAAUUGAAAAAAGAAGGAGUCAAAAUAUUAAAAUGGUACAGAUCCCCUUUUCUAUGAAAAACUUAAAAAUAAAUUUUAAGAAACAAAACGAAGUUGACUUAGAAGAGAAGGAUGAACCUUGCUUGAUCCACAAUCUCAGGUUUCCUGAUGCAUGGCUAAUGACAUCCAAAACAGAGGUAAUGUUAUUAAAUCCAUAUAGAGUAGAAGAAGCCCUGCUAUUUAAAAGACUUCUUGAGAAUCAUAAACUUCCUGCAGAGCCACUGGAAAAGCCAAUUAUGUUAACAGAGAGUCUUUUUAAUGGAUCUCAUUAUUUAGACGUUUUAUAUAAAAUGACAGCAGAUGACCAAAGAUACAGUGGAUCAACUUACCUGUCUGAUCCUCGUCUUACAGCGAAUGGUUUCAAGAUAAAAUUGAUACCAGGAGUUUCAAUUACUGAAAAUUACUUGGAAAUAGAAGGAAUGGCUAAUUGUCUCCCAUUCUAUGGAGUAGCAGAUUUAAAAGAAAUUCUUAAUGCUAUAUUAAACAGAAAUGCAAAGGAAGUUUAUGAAUGUAGACCUCGCAAAGUGAUAAGUUAUUUAGAGGGAGAAGCAGUGCGUCUAUCCAGACAAUUACCCAUGUACUUAUCAAAAGAGGACAUCCAAGACAUUAUCUACAGAAUGAAGCACCAGUUUGGAAAUGAAAAUAAAGAGUGUGUUCAUGGUCGCCCAUUUUUUCAUCAUUUAACCUAUCUUCCAGAAACUACAUGAUUAAAUAUGUUUAAGAAGAUUAGUUACCAUUGAAAUUGGUUCUGUCAUAAAACAGCAUGAGUCUGGUUUUAAAUUAUCUUUGUAUUAUGUGUCACAUGGUUAUUUUUUAAAUGAGGAUUCACUGACUUGUUUUUAUAUUGAAAAAAGUUCCAUGUAUUGUAGAAAAUGUAAAUAAACUAAUAUAGACUAUUCAUUUGAUUCUCAAGAA